UCCAUGGAACGGAAUUACUAAACGUCAAAAAACAGCAACAAUUUUCGUUGUGUGUAUCUUCCCAUGUAACGAGUUUUUGAUAAUUAUUAUUUUUCGUUUUGUUUGUUUGUUGUAGAAUUUAAUGUAAAUAAUAAUUCUUAACAUUUGCAACAUGACUGAAGAAAAUAUAACAGUGAGCGAUAAUUCGGAUCUAGAGGAUGGCGGAAAUCCCGAACUUCGCGGAUACUUGAGUAAAUGGACAAAUUACAUUCAUGGUUGGCAGGACAGGUUUAUUGUUUUGAAGGAUUCCACUUUAUCGUACUACAAGAGCGAACUGGAAAGUAAUCUUGGAUGCCGAGGUGCCUUAUGUCUGAAGAAAGCCAAAGUCAAGCCUCACGAAUUUGAUGACUGCAGAUUUGAUGUCUCUGUAAAUGAUUGUGUUUGGUACUUGAGGGCAGCGAGCCCGGAAGAAAAACAGCAAUGGAUUGAUGUUUUGGAGUCUUUUAAAGUGGAAUCGGGAUAUGGAACCAGUUCAGACAGCAGUUCAAAUGGAGGUGGUCUGCGGAGACAUGGUUCAGCUACAUCGCUGCAGUCCACUGGCUCUCAUGGUCGCACAGCCAGACGCCUGGCCGAGAAGAUCGCUGAACUGGACACGUACAACGAGUUGCUGUCCAAGCAGGCGGUCCAACUACAGCAGUACUUCGACAUGUGCGUCGCGAACUGCCCCCAGAUUAAUGAUGAUGCGUCCGAAGCUAUUGAUGCCGUUAAACUUGCUGAUGGUACGGAGUUGUCCCAGCAGGCGGGCGCGGUGCGUGCGGGCAGCGCGUCGUUCCGCGCGACGUGCGGCGCCACGCUGGCCACGCUGCAGCACUGCGCCGAGCUGCUGCGCCGCCGCGAGAAGCAGGCCAGGCAGGCUGAGGAGCUCUACAUGGCUUUGAAGAAUCAGCUGACAGAGGCUAGAUUGGCAUCGAAACCAGGACCAGAUCACGAGGAGGGUCCUCACUCGACCCUGCCGGACGACGAGUUCUACGAUGCCGUGGAGACGGGCUUCGACAAGAUGGAGGAGGAGCGGUGCGCGCGCGUCGUGCCCAGCGUGCACACGCGCGACCAGGUCGAGCUGCCGCCGCCCGCCAUCGACAACCGGCUCACCGUGCAUCCAUUGUGGCCAGAGAUCGACAGGAUAUCCACGGAGCAGAUCCAGGCGGCGUUCGAAGGCGUCGGCGGCGAGAUCGGCUGGCAGCUGUUCGCCGAAGAGGGCGACAUGCGGAUGUACAGGAGGGAGAUGGAGGUUGACGGCAUGGUGACUGACCCGCUGAAGGCGAUGCACAAAGUGCGCGGCGUGACGGCGCGAGAGAUGUGCCACUACUUCUUCAACCCAAGAUACCGAUAUGAGUGGGAGACGACACUAGAAACGAUGACAAUAGUGGAGGAGAUAUCCUCAGACGCGCUGGUCUUCCACCAGACGUUCAAGCGCAUCUGGCCGGCGUCGCAGCGGGACGCGCUCUUCUGGUCUCACGUGCGACAGUCCACCGACAACACUUACGCCGUCACCAAUCAUUCCACUACUAAUGUUGAAUAUCCGGCCAACACGAGCGCGUGUAUCCGCCUGUUCGUGACGGUGUGCCUGGCGUGCCGCAGCAGCUGGCCCGCCGGCGCCGCGCCCACGCGGGACAACAUCACCACCAGCAUCGCCUACUGUAGCACAGUGAACCCAGGCGGCUGGGCGCCCGCUGGCGUACUCCGCGCCGUGUACAAGCGCGAGUACCCGAAGUUCCUGAAGCGGUUCACCAACUACGUCGUGGAGCAGUGCCGCGACAAGCCCAUCGCUAUCUAGCGCAACUAGCGGCCGACGACCACUUGACUACUAAGUCACUACACAUCCUACUACAAUACAUUUCGUAGAAAAUCCCUCGAGUAACGGUAUAAAAUGGGGAGGGGGUAUAAGAGAGAAUAGAGAAAAAAUUGAACACGUCACGUUACAGACGGAUGGACUUCAAUAAACAACAUUAAAUGCUGUUUUCGUAUCCACAUAAACCCAUGAGGCAUUAACAAACGGAUGUCCGUCCCAAAUUUCUCUCUAUUCACGCCCUACCAUCCCGUUCUACUGUGCAUAUAAUUUCUCUUCAUAACUCGUGGGAAGACGUUAAGGAUCAAGUAUCCCUCGAUACACAAGUGUAGUGCUAUAAUGUUUAAAUAGGUGUUAUAUAAUGUUAAUGGUUUCAUUCAGGGUGUUAAGGAUUCCUGUUUCAUCGUACAUCAGUUGUUUUCUUCGCGAUCUCGAUCUGCCUGACUGUUUUUAUACUUAGCUGAAACACUUUUGUAUGAAAAUGUUCGGGUAUUGUCUAUAAAAGAUAUUCGUUUCUUUAUCUUACAUGUUUUGAUGAUAAAUGUACCUGUAAGCUUUUCCUAUGUGAUAGCUUGGAGUUGACCUUACUUUUUUAAUUAUUCUGUACCUCGAAAAACACUGAAAGCUACCAAAUGUAUGCUGGAAUAGAUGACAUUAUUUUCUUACACAAUUUUUUCUGAUAUAAGUGUAGUUCAUUAAUUGAUCAAAAUCUGAUUAUAGGUUUCCCUUAUUGUAAUAAUUAUGUAGCGUGCAUAGUUUUGAAGUGCAGACAACAAUAUUUAACAUUUCUUUUUUUUUUCACAUUUUAAAGAUUUUUUUGAAUACCAUAGCAAUUUUCCAAUACUCUUUUUGACAUGUAAAUUGUAAUAAAUAUGUAAAGGACUAGGAUAUACUGUAAAAUACAUAUAUGAAUGUUGUCGAGUGUCGAUAUAUAAUAAAAUUUAUACUAUAUGUGUUUAAAUAAAUUAACUAAUCUUGCAAAGAGACUAUACGAUUACUAAUGCGACUUAGAUGAGCGUUGGAUAUUUUUGAAGCACUUUUGACUUAAACAUUUUGCAUAUUAUUUGCUGUUUCCGUUCUGAACUAGUUCUUUUUGUAUGGGUACAUAACACGGUAUCGGUAAGGCUGUUGCGAUAUGCAAAUGCGCCCAGAAUUAAUAACCUUAUUGUGACUUGAGAAAAUAGAAUUUUGACAUGAGUAAUGUCAGGAGAAAAACAGAAUUGCUGUUAAAUUCGGGUCAUAGUCCGUAACGAAAGUUUUAUAGUAAAAAAAAAAAAUGAGAGAAUAACUUCAUAAUGUAAAGUAGGGCUGAAAUCCUGUCACGAAAUAUGCCUUUUGUAAAUAAAUAAGUGUUGGGUGGGCACUCGAUUGUGGUUCUUAUUGUAUACUGGGUGUAUUUCAUCUCUGAAAAUAUUUAAGUACAGUAUAUGUAUAUAAAUAUCAAAAUUUCUUUGUAUACAAGGCGCGUUAGAUGUACCUGACGUGAAUUAUCGCGCCGAAUGAAUAAUCUCUACGGCUAAUCAAUACGGAUGUAAUUAUUUGAUAUUUUAUAGCGAGCCUCUAACCGUCUACGAAACGUUAUAAAUUUGUACUUAUCUUUUAUAGGUCUGCGUGUUAAGAGGGUAAUAUUCAUGGAGUGUGAUAGUCUGAUGUGUUCAGUUAGAUAAGUUCGCGAAAGAAUACAUGUACUAUAAAUUUUCUUGGCUGUGGCCUCGCGAGGAACUUGCCUAUCUGGGAUGACGUCAUCGUCAUUGCAGUCAUACAUGGCUCUGUUGUUUCUUCUCGAGUCCACGGUCUCAUUUCAUGUACAGGGUGGGACUAAAUAAACGUAGGUCUUAAAUAUAAUGUACUUUCUAUGUUACGUCGGUCACUGACCAAAUAAAGAUCUAUUUAGACAACGGUAUCCUAAGUAACGUUUGAGGGAAUUGAUAUUUCGGCUGUCUUCUAGUCCCUUUAUUUGGUCAUAACUACAUAUUAUGCACAUAAACGAAUUACUGCAGUAUUAAAGAAUACUGUCUUUAAGUUUUUCUAAUGUUACUCGUAUGAAACAGAUUUCCAUUCCAGCUUUUUUUAACAUAUAUUUGUUUUUGUAUUCAUUUUAAAGUUAGGUUUAAAGCUAAAGGUUACUCAGACGAAUUUCAAAUAUAUAUCUGAUAUUGUACAGUAUUUCACGUUUGUGUCUCAAAGUAAUAUAUUAUUUACUGUUAGUUGAGUAAUGGUAUACGGUUUACCUUUUUAUUGUAUGAAAAAGGUGAUUUAUUAUGAUGGCGUUAAAGAGCGUGAGACCGCGCUAUACAAUCAUUGAAUGCAAGAAAGAGCGAAAAUGAUCUCUGCAUAAUGUGUUGUAUAAUGCGGUCUCUCUCUAUUAUAAUACAAGUGCCAUCGCAAGAUAAUUAACCAAUAAUAAAAAGGUUUAUGUUGAUCAUUACAAUACGUUAAAACGUGAGCAGAAGUGUAAAGAAAUUGCAUUUAUAAUACCGCAAUGUUGCAAUUGUAUUAAGUUAUAUAAAAGUAUGUUUUUUUUUAAUAAUUAUUGUUUAUAAUAAAAUGUUUUAUGGACA